AUGGAUCGGAUGAAGAAGAUCAAGAGGCAGUUAUCCAUGACACUGCGGGGGAGCCGGACAGUAGAAAAAAACCUCAAUGAACCCAUCAACAUAGAGGAAAACAACAGCAGUGAUAAUGAAAUUGUCCAUGAAGACCUCAAGAUGGGUUCAGAUGGUGAGAGCGACCAGGCAUCAGGAACAUCAUCUGACGAGGUGCAAUCUCCAGUCCGAGUGCGCAAGAGGAACAACCCGACACGCAAGAUCUCCACUGAGGACAUUAACAAGCGCCUGUCGCUCCCAGCUGACAUCCGCCUGCCUGAAGGCUACCUGGAGAAGCUGACCCUCAACAGUCCCCUCUUUGACAAGCCCUUGAGCAGACGGUUACGGAGAGUCUCUUUGUCGGAGAUAGGUUUUGGGAAGCUGGAGACAUAUGUGAAGCUGAACAAGCUGGGAGAGGGGACGUAUGCCACAGUCUACAAGGGAAAGAGCAAGCUCACUGACAACCUGGUGGCCUUGAAGGAGAUCCGUCUUGAGCACGAAGAGGGAGCACCUUGCACAGCCAUUCGGGAAGUUUCACUUCUAAAAGAUUUGAAACAUGCCAACAUAGUGACCCUGCAUGAUAUCAUCCAUACAGAGAAAUCCCUUACACUUGUCUUCGAAUAUUUAGUGAGUAAAUUGGGGAGGGGAGGGGGACAUAAUAACUGUACCUUGUACUGCUUUACACAUGACAACAUUUCAAAUUCUUUAUGA